AUGGAGAAGGGGAUGCAGAAAGAGAAGGAAAAGGAGAAAGAGAAGGGGAAGGGGAAGGAGAAACGCAAGGAGAAGGGGAUACAAGGGAUGUGGAAUAUUGUUGAGAUUUUGGAGCUGCCAGGACAAGAUCUAAAACAAAUGAUUAAUAUUAAAGAAGGUCUUGAUAAUUCAAAGAUGGUGGAUGAAGCAAUUAAAGCAAUAAAAAAACAUCUACAACCAGCUGAAGAGACCCCAAGAAUGCCUCUAUUUGAUAAGACACCAAACAUCGCCACGACAGAAACAAAAGACAGUCAGGCAUUCAACACGGAAAAAGAAAAAACUAAAGGGGAGACAGUGAACAAAAGUGUUGACCAAGAAGGGGCAGUGUUUGAUAAAACGCCAUAUGAAGAGCCACCAACUACAUCUGGGAAAAACCUCUUGAAAAGUUUUGAAGAGGAACAGACACCCAAUAAACCUCAGGAUGAAAACGCCAUCAAAACAUCGCCACCAAAAACGCCAAACAUGUCAGAUGUGCAGGAGAAAGGUGAUGAGGACAACACUCCAGACAUCACAAAGCUGAUGCAAGAAAAUAAAUUUUUAAACCCUGAAGAACUGCCUGGUGAUAAAAAAGCUGAUAAAGAUGAUGAAGAAGAUAAAAAUAUAUAA